CCACAUAUCCGAGACACAGAAUUUUAUCUCGCUGUAUUUUCAGCACUUCGCGUCUGGGACCUCUGUGGCGUGUUGCUAACCCUUAGCAACCAUGAGAGGAACACAUUUAACGGUAUACACCAAUCCGCUUCAGCGAUGUUAGGACGUUGAAAACGUCAGUUUUGGUCCUCGGUCCUCAUGAAGAGGUGUGUGACUUUGGCACAGCGCAUAUUGUGGAGCACUAUGUAACUUGGCUGUUAGGUACAUCAUGGUACUGAAAAAGACUACGCGUGGUGUGGCCACAUGAUACGCUUUGAGAGCGUUUAUUGACAACCGAAGAUUUUGUGGGGACUGCUAGGACAGUUUUUAGUUGAACUUCCGUUUGAUGCAAAGCUUGUCAACCACUGAACUGGCAACUUGGAUAGCUAGCAAGCUAUCGACAGCUAGCAACCUUUGCUAAGUUAGAAAGCUAAAAUCUAAGCUAAGGUAACGUUAACUUGUUUGUAUUCAGGAAUAUUGAUCUAGAGACUUGUACUAUGCAUUCUUUAGUUUUAGUUGACGUCAACCCUCUUUUGAAAUAACUUAACGUUAAUUACGUUGACAUGAAUCCGUGACUGCGGUUAAGUAAGCCUGCAUUCUGUAACGUUAACCUAGCAAGCGCAUUUGUUGUGCAGGUUUUCCCUCAUGUCGACGUGUCAGCUUAGUAGCUAACUAGAUUGCACUGAGUUUAUGCUGUAAAUUAUGUUAAAAGUAUAAGGCUGAUGAUUCAGCGUUAGCAAGCGUGCUUCGUGGUGAAGUGUGUCCAUCAAUCGCGAGAUUUGGGCGUAGCUAGUUGCAAGUUUGGAAGCCUGAGAGCUAUCGAGUACUAACACCUCGUUGUGGGCCAGGUCGAUGCUGGGAACAAACAUACGGCAAGAGGCAGGGUCUGAAAGCUGAGAUUUGCUGGUUGCCAUUUGGGUUGUCGUAGAAUUGCGAUUGUGCCAUAAAUCAUGCUGCUGUCUUUGGUUGUACACACGUACUCUUUGCGGUACUGGUUUCCAGCCGCGGUUAUGCUGGGCACUGCCCCGGCAUACUUGCUGUCAUGGGGUGCUUGGCGUCUCUUAUCCACCGUACUACCAUCCAAAGUGUAUCACACAAUGGACGACCGCAUAUAUUCGGUCUAUCAGAGUAUGGUCCUGUUCUUCUUCGAGAACUACACGGGGGUCGAGAUCAUCAUUUAUGGAGACAUACCAAAGAAAAAAGAGAAUGUAGUCUACCUUUCCAAUCACCAGACCACAGCGGAUUGGAUCAUUGCUGAUAUGCUAGCUAUCCGACAAAAUGCAAUUGGCCAUGUAAGAUACGUCUUAAAAGAUGGUCUGAAGUGGCUGCCCUUGUACGGAUGGUAUUUUUCUCAGCAUGGAGGAGUGUAUGUGAAGAGAAGUGCCAAGUUCGAUGAAAAGGCCAUGACAAGGAAGCUUUUAUCUCAGACAAAUUUGGGAACACCAAUGUACCUGGUUAUCUUUCCUGAGGGAACCCGCUACAACCCUGAGAACAGAAAGGUGAUCAGUGAGAGUCAGGCCUUCGCCACUAAAGAAGGAUUGGCUGUAUUGCAACACGUUUUGACACCUCGGAUGAGAGCUUCGCACAUUGCCAUUGAGGCAAUGAAAGAUCACCUAGACGCUGUAUAUGAUGUCACUGUAGCGUAUGAAGGAACCACUGCACCAGGAGGGCCUAGGCAAUCUGCCCCAACAAUGCCAGAAUUCCUCUGUAAGGAGUGCCCAAGGGUCCACAUCUACUUUGACCGCGUGGACAUAAAGGAGGUUCCUUCGGAGCCUAUGUUUUUCCGCAGGUGGCUGCACGAGAGAUUUGAACUCAAAGACAAACUGCUGAGCACUUUCUAUGAAUCGGAGGAGCCUGCUGUGAGGUGUACGUUCCCUGGAGAGGCUCGGAGUUCGCCGCUAAGCCUCACAAAAACAUUGCCCUCGCUGGUCAUUCUCAGUGGCUUGACCUUGUCCAUGCUUAUGACCCCAACGGGCCGAAAGCUGUACUUCAAAACCUGGAUCUACGGGACUCUCAUAGGGUGGAUAUGGGUACACCUUAGGCCAUGAGCGAAAGGAGUCGACUGCCAUAACUCUUCUCUCAUAUCGGUAUGGACAGGCCAUGCUCUAGAUUUCCCUCCUAUGGUGUAGGGGUACAAUUUUUUUCCAAAAAAAAAAAAAAAAAAAAGAACGGUUCAAUUUUUUGGAGCUACAAUCAUCCUGUUCACAGAGAUGUACCCCAAACCUCUUAUUGUUUUUAGGAGAAAAGAAGGUACAGUGUUUUGUCCCUGGUGUUCUAUUCCCAUCUGCCAUAGCCCUUCAGUCGUAUCAAUUCAUCUCUUAGAAAAAUAUGUGUAGCGGCCAUUCUCACUUCCACCCAUUCAUAGUUUAGAUUGUAUAUAGGAGAAAAAAAGGAGGAGAAUGCACUGAAGAAAAGAGACGGAUCUUAGAAUGUUCUUGUUUCUAUGGAUUUGAUUUGGUCUUGCAUUUAUGCUGUCUUUGAAUGUCAGAAUCAGCUGUUUUGGAUGGUGCGUGUGUGUGUGUGCAUGUGUGUGCGUGUCUGUGUGUAUGCGUGCGCUGCUUAAGCUUGGAUGUGAGAAUCAUGGGUAGUCUGCAUACUAGUUUCUCAAUUGCAAAACUUUUAAUACACAUGCCCUCUACGCACAAAUAAAAUUGUAUACUUAUUUCUUACAUAAUAAAUACUUUAACUUAGAUGCCAAGGUUCAUUAAAUCUGUGCGCUUUAAUGUUAAGCGAGAAAUGAUGUGGGCCAUUUCACCAUCAGUGUCAGUAUAUUUCAGAACAACUUGGCAUGGCGAGGGAAAUGGCUUUCUUUCUGGUUUCGAGUAUUUGUACUGUUUUUGACUUCUUGCCAAAUGUGGGGGAAAAGCAAUACAUCCACUUUAAAAAAAAAAAAAAAAGAAAAGAAAA